CUGCUUGUUCUGCUUAGCUUUAUUUGGAGUACUGGAGAAACAGCAGGAACAUUUUGGCUUUUGGAACAGCCAUGCUCUCCUUUACAACCCCACCUCCUCUCUACCUGAGCCUCCUUCUCUUUCUAUUGUGCAACUCCCCUGUUCUUUCCUGUCGGACUGGGAACUACAUCCGGUGUGAGGCUGCUCCGUUUGUACCAGGCCACAACCUGAUUGGGGAGGGAUUUGAUGUGGUCACCCUGCAUCGAAAAGGAGCCUACAUGAUUGAUGUAAUGACUUAUCGCAAACCAGAUGGCACCUGUACUCUCUGCCCCAACCGUCAUCAAGGCAAAAUGCUGCAGAAACUGCCAGCCUCUGUAGUGGACUGGCGUGCAAUCAGCCGAUGUAAAGCUGAUAUCUCCACCAGUACACACAUCUCUGUUGGUUCACUUGUUGACACUUACACUGCACAGGACAUCAAUGACUGGAAGACUGGCCUAGCGCUGGAAAGGUUUAUGACUGAAAGCGUGGAAGUGGGAGGAACUCGCUCCAAAGCCUAUAACUUUGCUACACAAAUGGCCAGUGAGGACCGCUACACCUUCAGCCUCCAUGGCGUCACCUGCAGCCAUUACAGAUACCGUGUAGCAACCAAACCUUCCCUCAGCUCAGAGUUCAAGAGGAUUGUGACCAGCCUACCCACUUUCUACAACUCCUUCACCAAACCUCAGUACAACAACCUCAUACACACCUAUGGCACACACUACAUCCGCCAGGUUUACCUCGGGGGGCGACUGAGGAGAGUCACAGCUGCACGAACCUGUUUGUCCUCACUGAACGGGCUCUCCCCUAAUGAGGUUCACUCCUGUUUAUCAAACGGUGUCUCUGUCGGCUUGGGGAAGGUCAGGCUAUCCAAUACUCAGUCAUCUUGCAGAAAGGUCCUACAAAACCAGGAUGUCUCCUCUAUAUUCAGUCUCCACCAACACUACACUGAGGUGGUAGGAGGCAAUGGUUGGUUAGGAGACUUUUUGCUCACCCAGAAUGACUCUCUGGGCUUCGUAAAUUGGCUACACAGCGUGAAGAAUCGCCCAGAUAUUGUUUCAUACUCCCUUCGGCCAAUGUAUGAGCUGAUGCCAACCGAUAACCAAAAGACAGGGAUGAAGGCUGCCAUAGAGCAAUACUUGGAAGACAGCACGAUAGCUAACUCACAAAGAGAAAAGCAAUGUUGGCCCAACACUCCUAACCUGGAUUCAAACUGCUGUCCUCAACAAGUUGGGAAGGGAACACUGACGGUCACCAUGAUCCGAGCCUGGGGCCUGGCAGGAGAUUAUUUUGGCACGUCUAACAUGUGA